AUGGUCAAAACAUAUAUUGGACAGUGGUUAUAUACGUUUCCUUGGUCUCAAGUUGUUAGUGGUUUUUGGCAAAAAUUUCCAAAUCCUUAUACAGGUCAUGUUUUAUCUGAAGAUACAUAUUAUCGAACAGUAACUGAAGAUCAAAAAUUAAUAUCAAAACGAUUAUUAGCUAAAACAAAUAAACUUCCACGUUGGGGUGAACGCAUAUUUUAUCGUGGUUCAGGUUCAACUAUAGGAUUUAUUAUUGAAGAAUCCGUAUGUGAUUUAAAACAAAAAAUUUUUACAACAAAUACAGUGAAUAUUAAUCUUAAAUCAUUAAUGACUGUAGAAGAAACAUGUGUAUAUCGACCAGAUAAAAAUGAUGAAUCAAGAACAAUAUGUGAAAAAAAAGUUGUUGCACGAGGAGAAUUAUUUGGUUUUAAAACAACAUUAGAAACAUUUGCUAUACAACGUUAUAAAAAAAAUCAAGAAUAUGCAAGUCUUGGAUUAGAAUUUAUACUUCAUAAAUUAUAUUUACCACAAUUGCCACCACCACCUAUUACUGGUAUUAAAACACCAGAUACUCGAACAUUUUCAAGAAAAUUAAGUGAUAAAGCAAAACACUUAUUAAAAUCAUCAAAUAAUGAUACACUUUAG